CAGGGAACUUUGGAGAACUAAGCGCAGUUGAUCUCGUCCUAAAGUAGAUCUUUCAUAAAUUGGGGCUCUCCUCACAUGAAAUCCGAGGCAAAAAAAAAGAAAAGAAAAAAAGCGUGUUUGCUUUGGUCCUUCUCAGCCUGCGAGGACUUCCACCAUCUGAGGCGAUGAGAUGUGAGUGAGCUAUGCCUUGUGGAAAUGGAGCGACUGUAACCACGCGAAAACAUGGCGUCUGCGGGCCCAGCUUCUACUUCUUCUCCAGCCUGCUGGUGGCCCUGUGCUGUUUGGAGCCGUGGAGCCUCGGCUCGCAGACGGCCGCCGGCAGGAGCUGCACACCCUGUCCGGUUAACUGCAGCUGCGCGCCUGCGGGGCCCCAGCAGGGCUGCGUGGUCAACUGCUCCAACGUCGGCCUGGAGAGGGCCCCCGGAACGGCAGAGAUCCCGCUGCUCACCACUGUGCUAGAUCUUUCUAAGAAUCACAUCUCUUCCCUUGAUACAACUCUGCUAAAUCGACUCCCUGGUCUUCGAGAGCUAUAUUUACAAGGUAACAGGAUUGUAAUUCUGCCCAGAGGAGUAUUCUGCUGCGGGCCAUUGUCAGUCCUUGACUUGAGCAACAACCAAAUCACCAAGAUAGAAGAAAGAAUAUGUGAUGACCUGUGCAAUUUAACGCUCAUUGACCUAAGCAGUAACCCCUUUGAGUGCGAUUGUAAGCUCUUCCACUUGGUCAACUGGCUCCAAGAGAAAGGGGUACGAGUUCGUCGGCCCGAUGCCAUGCUCUGUAACCAGCCUCCUGAGCUCCGUCGCCAACCUCUGCUCAACGUCAGAGUGCUCACUUGCGGUCUGAAUUACGCCGCUUGUCUGGAGGACGGCAGCAGUGGAGGAGGGGGACGUAGCGAACUUGUCAUCUUCUCGUCCUCCACGCCGGGCAACUUCACGCGGGAACAAUGUAACAGCAUGUGUUUCGCUGCGUCACACCGCUAUGGAGGCCUGGGGGCCAGGCAGGAGUGUCUCUGUAGUACAAACUCUGAGCCCAACUUCAUCAGUGAAUCUCAGUGUUCUGCUGCCUGUACCAACGCCAGUGUCAUGAAGGAAUGUGGGUGGACUCUAGCCCACGAUGUAUUUGCAGUAGACUUCUCCAUCUUAUUGAAGCCCCUCCCACUUCAAAGCGUUCACAACAGCAUCAGUUUCUCAGCUGCCUCCUCUGUCACACCAGUAACGCUAUCCUGGGAGUUUGGCGACCUUUCACCUCGUGUCAACACCUCGGCAACCGAAGUCACCAUGGCGACGCACAAAUAUGGACUUCCGGGAAAGUAUGUGGUCAGUUUGACAGCCUGGGCUGGACACAAGGAGGUUGCUGCACGUGGAGAAGUGACUGUGGCACUUCCUCCUAAACUGGAGCUGCACUGCCCAACUCUUGCUGUGGCCAAUGGGAGUCUGGAAAUCACGCUUGUUAGCUGGGGAGCUCUUGACCUAAAUGUAGACUGGGAGAUCACAAAAAAUGAUGUGCAAGUUGCAAAAGCUUCUCCUCACUGUCCAAAAGAUGGGGUCUACCACAUCGAGUCUUCAUGCUGUUUCCAGAUUGUUCCAGGGGAAAUGAGCUGGACUGAUGCUCAUCAACAAUGUUUAGAUCGUGGUGGAAAUCUGGCAAUAGUCAGAGGUGACACGCUGCGCAACCUGCUGGCUCAUAAAAUUACACAGGAACGAGGAGUGUGGCUCGGGUUGAGCGACGUCACGUCUCCGGGAAGGCUGCGCUGGGUCGACGGCUCUGAGGCCCAGAAUGGAGAGGAAGGCCUGCCACCUCGUUUCCCAAUCUCCCGCGGCAAUUUUUGUGUAUCCCUUGAUCAGCGUGCUCAGACCAGUUUGCACCCGUGCAACACCAAGCGGGCAUUUGUCUGUCAGUAUAGCCCUCAAGUACAAAUUCCAGAUGGAGGGCUCCACAUGGUUGGCCUGGCAGUCUUUCCUUUCCAUAAUUCAUUGCUUCUGGCGCAUGUUGCUUCACUCUCUACUGCCCAGACAGCCAGCACUGGCAUCGAGUUGCUACUGUUCCCGGCGCUGAGCUUUGUUCAUGCGGGUCGUCUGUCUUCCCUUGAGUUUGUCGUGCAGGAGCGUAGCUCACUCGUCCGCAUCCGAUUCCAGAUCUACCGCCCUCAUUGUGAUUAUCCCGGCUCGCAUCUGCUCCUGCCGGGUUGUCAUGGUCCAGUUUGCGCACCAGUGGCGAUAUGUGUUCCAGAUGUCUCCAGAAACGCCGAUCCGCCCUCUUGCCCCCGAUUACAACAGUGGUGUCCAUUCCAGCAACAAUGCCUGGACCUCUCUAGUCCUUGUCAGCCAUCUUCCUGCCUUAAUUGCACCGAAGGUCAGCACCUUCCUCCUGGUGCUCUGAGGCCUCGCUAUACUUUACAAGACGAGGUGGCCUUCACACUGCCUGCAGGACCAGCAGCAAAUGUUCUGGUGCAAGAGCAGUUAGAAGACCUCUUGGUUUCCGCUGGUGACGUCAUUGGCCUUCAACACGACGCUGACCCAGGCUCGCUCCUUCGAUGCCAGUCCUCCCCAACCUCACCGUGGCGACAGCUUGUUUUAGCCCUCAACCAUUCCGAGUGGAUCAUGAUGAACACCAGCAGAGAGUCGGCAGACAUUUCAGAUGGCCACAGUGUUGACCCUCGACCCCAUCUUGACUUGGACUCCCUGCUGAAGGCUGGUGAGGGAGAAUGGCUGGAGCAAGUGGUGUGCCCCAUCAGAGUGCUCUAUGUGGGACACAGCGAGAUCUCGCUGCAGGGAGCGCAGCUGUCUGCCGGCCUGUCCCAGCCUGGACUCUACACCCUGCAGGUGACCUCUGCUGAACCCUCCUAUAGAACCUUUGCAUCAUGCCCGUUGCAAAUUAUUCCUCCUUUGGGGUUGACCAUUUUACACCCGCCUCUCUGGAAUGGAAGCCUCUAUCUGCAGUCCAACAACACACACGUGCUCCUCCAUGUCCAGUCCCGGUACACCACAAGGGUAUCUCAACGAGGAAGUAAUCACAGUGUUACCUUUCAGCCAAAUUGUCCUUCAAGUUUUUUACCCGGGAGCCCCACACUGUGCAAGCCCAGCUCGCAGUCAGCCAUGGAGGUCACAGAACCGAGCCAGUACGCAAUAGUGGAUCUAAAUUUAGCGGCAGAGAAGCAAGAGGGGCUAAUUCAGGUGGAGCUGCAAGCCUAUAAUAAUCUGACACAAUCCAGUUUGACUGUGACUGUUCACGUGGAAGAACCACUAAAAGGGUUGGUGGUCCAGCCCUAUCCUGCUCACAGGGUGCUGAUGGAAUCAGUUGUGAGUUACACCGCAUCAGUGCUUGAAGGCUCUAAUCCCACAUUCAAAUGGACUGUAGACGACAAGCCCUACUUUACGUAUUAUAACACCGUCCUCAAUGUGAUCUACCAGCAUGCUGCCAUCUACAAACUCACAGUGACGGCGAUGAACCACAUCAGUAGUCUCACAGAGCAUUUCAAUGUCACUGUGGACCACCUGCAGCCCAUGACCAACCUCACAGUGAGGGGUGUUCCGCAUGUGGUCCCUCAAGGCUCCAUUCAGACUCUCACCGCUUCUGUGCUCGUGGACAUGUCCGUGUUGGCUACAUUUCGAUGGUCUUUCGGUGAUGGGGGAUAUAAGGAGUUUGAAUUUAAGCCUCCCUACGCACCAUCCCUUUUUCAGCCAGGCUCCCCCAAUCAGGUCCUCCUAAGCAACAACAUCACAUACAUCUACUCCCAGCCAGGAAUAUACACUGCACUGGUCUCGGUCUCCAAUCGUUAUGAGAACAAAAGCCAGAGCAUUAACAUGAGCGUCUACAGUAUGCUCACUCAUGUGGAUAUACAAACAGAGCCACGGCUUCUCCUUGCUAGCAAAUCAGCAGUUUUUGAAGCUCACCCCUUGCCCUCACCCUAUGGCAUCCACUACGACUGGAACUUUGGAGACGAUACCGAUCAGUCUCAAGGUCGGCGAGUGGCACACACGUACUCACGCAGUGGCGCCUUUAAUGUUUGUGUGUCUGUAAAUAACACCAUCAGCUACACCAGGGCCUGUGCUGAGUUGUUUGUAUUUGAGGAGAUAGAAGAGUUGACAGCGGAAAGCUCCUCUCCAUCAGAACUCCAUAGUCCCACUUUAGUGAAAGCACAUCUUGCAGCAGGGAAUAAUAUCACGUGGACAUUCUCCAUGGGUGACGGCAGCAGCUACACUACAUCGGAACCCCACGUGUCACACAUCUAUGCCAAAGAUGGCAACUACACAGUGAAUGUGACCGCAGCAAAUGCCGUGAGCUCCGGCUGGACGCUCCUUACAGUGCAGGUUUACGUGUUCCAAGUUGUCAGGAUCGAGCCGUCCGGAUGCGUCCAAGAAAGGACCCCCAUUAACUUUGAUACGUGGGUGUCUGGCAAUGUUUCCGCAAGCCUUUUUGAAUGGAGCUUUGGCGACGGAAGCCCUAAUGAGACACAUCCAGGGAACCCUAAAGUCUCACACACCUACAAGGCAAGCGGGAACUACUACCUUUCUCUUAAUCUUUCUCGUGGCAUCAACAAGGCUUCCAAGGCCAACUUCUUCAAAUGGGUGUGCGUGGAGCCAGCCUUAACCAGCAUCAACUUUACCCUCGAGAAAACACACUAUGCCGUCGGAGAAGAGAUUCGGUUACGGGUCAGCGCCGAGCCAGAGUAUAGUUACAGCUAUCGGUGGAACUUGGGUACUGACGAAGAACCUUUGCUGAUUCGUGGCUCUGGCAAUCUCCUGACAACAUAUAAAAAUCCAGGCCAUUACAUAGUGACAGUAACUGUCUCCAAUAACAUCUCAACAAGUAAUUCGAGUGUUCUGGUUGAGGUUCAGAUGCCCAUAGGACCCAUUCUUAUUCUACAUAAUGGCCCGAAAUACAAUUACCUUACACUUAGGGAGACAUAUUUUUUCACAACCCCGGUGUCAUCUCCUGGUGUCACUCACACAUGGAACUUUGGGGAUGGGAAGCUCAUCGAGGGGCACAGUGUCCCCUACACGUACAACCUCUCUGGAAACUACAACAUUACGCUGACAGCAAGCAACGUCGUCAGCAAGAAUCACAGUAUUUUACCCGUUGCAGUGCUCUCACCAAUUCGUGGGUUAACUGUCAAUGCUAGCCUCAUAAAUGUUCCUCUGAACGCCUCAGUCCACUUUGAGGCUCACCUUUUGGAGGGAGAUGAUGUGCGAUUUUCCUGGAUCUUGUGUGACCGCUGCACCUCGAUUCCGGGGACCCACACCAUGUUCUACACCUUCCGCUCAGUUGGCACUUUCAACAUCAUCGUGACGGCAGAAAAUGACAUCGGGACGGCCCAAGCGAGUAUCUUCUUGUUUGUUCAACGUGAAUUGGAGGGGCUCCAUAUUUUACCCGAGGAGGAGAUCAGAGUAGGUGGGGACACAGAAGUGGAUGGUUGCUAUUUUCCCACAAACCGUGUUCUCCACCUUCAUGCGGGCUUAAAAGAAGGCACCAACAUGACUUUUACUUGGAACAUCAUCAGCACACUAGAUCCCAUGAGCUCAAGAUUCAACAUCAGUGGCAAGACGGUGGAGGUCAAUUUCUCCACGCCAGGGCCGUGUGUUAUCUUUCUUCGAGCAGCGAACCUUCUGGGUCAACUGUCCGUUAACAGAACCAUCCAGUUCUUAGAGCCAGCCGGAGGAGUGAAUCUACAGAUCAGCGACAACCCUGUUCCUGUCAGUGCUCAUACGAAUCUGUCAGUUUCCACUUUGGGGGGCUCAGACCUGCAAUACCGCUGGUUUGUGAAUGGAAAUACGCUCCAAUGGAAAGAACCCCGGAAGACUCACACGUUUCCCAGUCCCGGGCUAUAUCUGGUUUCCGUAGAAGUCUUCAAUGAAGUUAGUUCCGAGCUCGUGUCUGAGAUGGUCAGCGUGCAGGAGGUCAUCUCUGGGCUAGGAUUCACUGCAAUUGAUGUGCCUGAGCAGAGUUACAUAGCAUCAGGGGUGCCUGUCAUACUCCACGGGGAAGUGGUAAAAGGGACCAAUGUGACAUGGGCAUGGCUGUUUGAUGGAACAACAGAAACGGGACAGAACACGUCGGUAGUGUUCCAAGAACCAAAGACAACCAUCGUCACACUGAAUGCCACCAAUGAUAUUAGUGAGCAAACGGUUUCAAAGGAGUUCUUUGUUCAAGACAAGAUUCAGGGGUUAGAGUUACGGGCAAGUAAAAAGAUUGCAGUGGUCGGUGAGAGGGUGGAGUUCACCAUUUCUAUGGCAGCCGGUUCAGAUGUUGACCUGAUCCUCAGCAUCAGCGGAGAUGCCACCGUUACCCCGCAACUCAACAAAACCACCAAUUCAUAUUCACAUAUUCACAUAUUCACCAGAGUGGACACCUACAUGGUCAACCUCACUGCUCGCAAUCAGGUGAGUUUCAAGAGGCGACACCUCCAGGUUGAGGUGAUGGAGCCCGUACGUGGACUGUCUAUCCAAGGAAGCAGCGCAGCAAUCCCUGUUGGUGUGGAGAGAUUAUUUUCCGCCAGCAUCAUGACUGGUAAACCUGUUAGCUUUCUCUGGACUUUCGACCUGCACCACCUCCACAAGAAAUCACAUAUUGGCAAAGAGGUGCCCUACAAACCAGAAGAAGCAGGUUUAUUGACCAUUUACCUGAAGGCCUUCAAUGCAUUGCAUGCUCAGAACAUCACCAAGCACAUCCUUGUGCAGAACUUGCUGAUGGCCGCAGUCCUACAUGCAACACCUCAGGACACCCUGGUCAAUAAAACUGUCACUCUGGUGGCUACUGUCACACCCAGCUCCAACCCGCUAGACUGCUUCUGGGACUUUAAUGAUGGCUCUACUUCAGUUCACACCAACACCACAACCGUGGGCCAUGAGUACAAGAACCCAGGAAACUACAUGGUCCAAGUUAACUGUAGUAAUCUGGUGAGCUUCGUGUUGGCCCAAGUUGAAAUAAACAUCAGUGUCCUGGAGUGUGAGGAACCAGAAGUACAAGUGAUUCAAGCUCCCCGCCUCGCCAUCUGGAGAUCCCAGCCCACUUUUGUUGAAGCCACUGUGGACCUGAAAGGCUGCAUGAUAUAUGGAGCACAGUACUUGUGGCAAGUUGUCACAACGCCAUCCUGUGAUCAUCUUCUUCACUCUGGGGUCUUGUCUGAUCCCUUUCAGCCAUUCCCAAAUACAGAAAUCCCUCUCCCAUUGGAGGUGGAUGUGCGGCGGCUACAACUGCCGUUGCCCAAGAUGGCAUUGGCUACAGGGAACUACACUGUGGUGUUUUCUCUGUCAUAUGAAGGCGUGCCAUUGAGGAAGGCAGCCUGUCUGCAACUUAGCGUCAUGGCUGCAAGGCUAAUGCCCAUCAUAGAGGGUGGCACCUACAGGGUGUGGUCCAGGACCCAGGACCUUCAGCUCAGUGCAGAGCAGUCCUACGAUCCCAAUAUGGACCCUGAAAGCCAGUCACUACUCCACUACCAUUGGGAUUGCCAAAGUACAUCAAAGGGUCCAGAGCACUGCUCCAGCCUAAACUUCGGCUUGGGUUCCAGCGGUCCCGUCCUGGGAAUAUCUGGCUCUGAAUUAGAGGAAGAUGUUGAAUACACUUUCAAACUGUCUAUCAGCAAAGAUGGAAUGACACCAGAGUCCACAACACAAACUGUGCUGGUCCAGAGCGGUCACAUUCCCAUGGUAUACCUGGAGUGCGUGUCCUGUAGGGCACAGUCCAUCUACGAAGUCAGCCAGAACUCCUAUGUCUACCUCCGAGGAACCUGCACAAACUGCCAGGGCUUCCAUCGUGGGAGAUGGACAGCCAUGACGCUGCAGAACGAGACUCUGAUCCUGGACUCCUCCUCGACCACCACAGGAAAUGACUGUAUGAACCUGGUGCUGCGGCAGGGCGUCCUUCGCCACGGAGACUCGUACAUUUUCACCCUCCACGUGACCGAUGACGCACUGGAUGGGGAGGGUGCUGCCUCCAUCACCUUGCACCACAACAUGCCUCCGGGUGGCGGGGAGUGUCACCUGAGAGUGGGAGGAGACAACGGUGAAGCAGACGGUGGAAGUUGGACCAUUCGAACGCUGGUAGACAGAGUGCACUUCAACUGCUCAGGUUACAGUGAUCGGGGAGUCUCAGAAACACCUUUACUCUACAGUUUGUUGGCGACCCGCUGUAAGGAGGACUACUGUGAGGAGUUCUGUGUGUAUAAAGGCAGCAGUCCAGAACAUUCGGCCUUCCUUCCCCCCGGCUUCAGCUCGGCUCGACACCGCGUGGCGGUGUCUAUUACCGUGGAGGACCUUCAGGGAGCAUCAAUCACUGCCCUCAACAAGUCAAUUGAGGUGGUGCUGCCGGAUCCACCAGCUGUGUACAGUAGUCUUCCUCAUUGGCUGGCUGAGUUGACUGACAGCAAACUUAAACAGCUGCUAGAGCAAGGAGACUCCCAGAGGGUCAGGGAGCUCUCCUUGGCUCUUAUUACUGUUCUGAAUGAGUACGAGCAGAACAGGCAGUCAACCCGCGUGUCACUACCGGAGCGGAUUUACCGAGUCACAGUCCGCAGCAAUAUUACCAGGGCGCUGACUGCGCUGGAUCUCAACACUGUUAAUGACAUUCAGCAAACUUCUGCUGCUCUGGCGCAAUGUACAGCGGUGAGUCGGGAGUUCAUCUGCGAGGAGUGUCAGAACAGCACACUCAACAAACUUGAGUCCAUGUUAGAGAUUCUGCAAAAUGACACCAAGCAGGGGACGGUUACUCCAACUGAGAUAGCUGACAACAUCCUCAACAUUAUGGGUGAUCUGAUCCACCAAGUCAGCCAGUCAGCAUCUUACUUCCAACCCGCCUACCUGGAUUCCGCAUCAGUCUUCUCAACCUCUCCCUUGACCUCGUUUGGCGAAUACCACGGAGGUAUCCAGCUGGACCCCUCUCCGUCAACCUUAGAGCCACACCCACUACGAGUGGCGGCCAAAGCCUACAGCCUGUCCUCGGUCCUCAUGCUCAUCCUGAUGCACGGCCGCGUCCUGAACGAGGAACCGCUUGUGCUCAGGGGGUCGGAAAUAGCUGCCACGGGAAAACUUGCAGACCCCCAGAGCCUGCUCUGUUACCAUGACAACAGCAGUCCAGAGUGCCAGCGGUUCUCCAUCCCCAGAGCGUUCAACAGCAGUCUUGGCAGAGCAGCUGCAGGGAACAGUGUCAUGCAGCUACUCUUGCAAUUGGAGUCCAACCCGUUCCCCUUCAACUACGUAGCCAACUACACCGUCUCCACAGAGGUGGCAUCCAUGGAGUUCCGCACUCAAAAUGGCACCCAGAUUCCCAUCUCCGGACUGGAUGACAGUCUCGCCAUCACUGUUGCCAUUAACAAUGGCACUGGCGGAGAGCUCGGCGCAGAUUCCUCAGGCGCAGGAGGCGUGCCCACGGCCGGAGCCGUCAACAUCAGCCAAUGCGACUCGGUCAUCGUCAGGGUGAUAACAGGGAACACCAACCGACAAGCUGGACUGUUUGUUCAGCUCAACUUCACCUCUUUGGAAGAUGGUGGAGAUGAGGGCGAUGAGGAUUCCAAGGAGCCAUAUAUCGACGCCUACCUUCAUUCCCACGAUCAGCCGAAUGAAUUCAACUGCACCGACAGAAAACGUAUCGCACUCAGUAUGACCCGAAGCCAAGGCCUCGAUCAUAGGAAGUACACUUUCUUCCUGUCGCCAGAGACGUAUGACACUACUCUUGACUACUUUAUCAACGUGAGCACGCCCUGCAGCCCCACCUCACAGUCUGCCGGCGUUCAUCUUGAGGUGGGGCUGUUCGUCUCGCUGUGCCAGUACUUCAGCGAGAGCGAGAAGCAGUGGCGAACAGACGGCAUGGUGCCCCUGGCGGAAACCAACGCCAGCAGAGCCGUUUGUCGCACCAGACACCUCACCGCCUUCGCAGCAGGCCUCUUUGUACCACCUCAUGCAGUCAGCUUUACUGUGCCAGCGCGCUCUGGCCCACCAAGCUUAGUGGUGUUGCUGGUGUGUGUGCUGGGCUUGCUCAGCUACGUGGUUGCUGCUGCCAUUUUGCACAAGUUAGACCAGCUGGAUUUGCGACGGGCCGGUGUGGUCCCUCUGUGUGGCACCGACGGACUCUUUAAAUAUGAGGUUCAGGUCAAAACUGGCUGGAGUCAUGGUGCAGGAACAACAGCUCAUGUAGGAAUCAGUCUGUAUGGUCGCGAGGGCCGUACCGGACACCGCCAUCUUGACACCAGGGGAGCCUUUACUCGCAACGCCCUCGACAUUUUCCAUGUUGCUACGGACACCAGCCUUGGCAGUGUGUGGAAAAUACGCAUUUGGCAUGACAAUAAGGGUUUGUCCCCAGCAUGGAUGUUGCAGUAUGUCUUAGUCAAGGAUUUACAGACAGGAAGUAGUUACUACUUCCUGGUUGAUGAAUGGCUGUCGGUAGACAAUGAGAAAACCGAGGGUCGGCUAGAAAUGGAAGUGGAGGCCUCAGAAGAGGGAUCGCUGCGCCAGUUUCCCCGUCUACUGCGGUGUGAGCUUCAGAGGGCGCUGUGUGAUAGUCACCUAUGGCUGUCACUGUGGGAGAAGCCCCCUCGCAGCCCCUUUACUCGUUUGCAGAGAGCCACAUGCUGUGGUUUGUUACUGCAGCUAUUUUUGGCCUUCAACACACUAUGGUACAGCAUUGUGGUGGACAAGAGAGUCAGCCCACAGGCCGUGGCGCAGUUAUCUUCACUGAACGGGGAGACUGUAGCAGCAGGUGUGGUGACAUGUCUGAUGGCCUAUCCUCUCUACCUCCUGGUUUUCACACUCUUCAGAAUGAGCCGCAGCAAGUGUGUAUCAGUGAAGCAGGUGCCUCCUCCAGGGGACCAGGAGUCAGUGGAGAUUGAUUAUUUCCUGGAGAACUCCAAUGCUGGAAGUUCUUUCCUCUAUUUUGAUGGCGAGACCAAUUCAGAGGAAACCAAUGUGGAUUUGCCCACUCCAUCCACUAAAAGUCUGGCGAGUUGGGACAUGGCAGAGGACGAGACGGAUGACAGAGACUGGCCCGAGCUGUCGGGUCAUGUUUCUGAGACGGGAGGGGCGGGACAUGGAGCAGGGCUCCCGAGGCUGAAGAGGGGCCAAGGGAGCAGGCACCUUGGUGUGGACAUCACCUUUAACCCUGACAAUGAAGAUGAGCAACGUCACAAAUACUUUACUUCUUCAGAUGAGGACCUUAUCAAACACAUUCUGAGCGAUGGCCAGAACUUCUUUCCGCAAGCGGAUGAAAGUGAAAUGGCUGAUCUGUCAAGCAUUUUAGAAGAUAACACAGAGGUGAUUCUUCUCCAGAAAAUCAAUGACCCUCUCCCUCUCGAAUCGGUCAGGAGAGAACCCCCGAGAACUGCUUUCUCCUCCAAUACAGUUGUGACGGAUAUUUGUCGUCCAAGACGGUUCCCUCCCUGGUGUGGACGCGCUGCCCUUUGGGGAAGCUGGGCAGCAAUUGCCUUGGCUAACAGCGUAUCCAUAUGGGCAGCUCACGGGUUCAGUCAGAGAGUGGCCAUGAUGUGGCUCAUCUCCUGCUUUGCCAGCUUUCUCUGCUCCUGUCUCCUGUUAGAACCAAUGAAGGUGUUGUGUGAGGCCAUCUAUUACGCAGUGUUUGUGUGCCGCCUGCGCCCUGAGGACCAGGAUGUGUUGGUGGAGUUCCCCAUGGUGGAGAGGGUGGUGCAGCGGGUCCACAGGGUGCGGCCCCCUCAGGGCUAUGCUCUGUCCCAGGACCGGCACCAGGCCCGCAAGGUCCGCAUGCUGCACAACAUGUUGAAGAACUUCCUGGUCUACAUGUUCUACUUGUUGGUGGUUCUUCUUCUAAACUAUUCAGACUCUGCCAAAGACACACACAGCCUGAGACUUCAUACUCAAUUGCAACAUGUGCUACACACACCUGAGUACCACAACAUCAGCAGCCGAGACGAUGUUCUGGCUUGGCUGGACAAAUCCUUAUUACCUCGCCUUCUGAAUGACUCCGCGCUCCUCGGAGACACAGGAAGUGUUUUACUCGGCACAAUGAGACUAAGACAAAUCCACCACGCACAGGUUUUGGCUGGUUCAAGAUCAGAGGACAGGUGGGAACAAGGCUGGCCAAGUAGCACAGCUUCUGGUGCUGCAGACACUAACCGGUUGUGGCGUUUUGGUCCGAGAAGUGUGCUCAAUAAUGGCACGGACUUGGUCAUUCACUUGAACAGAAGUCUGGAGGAAGCCUCGAGCUCUUUGCAGCAGCUGCAGCAGGAACAUUGGCUUGGCGACAGGAGCCGUGCUUUGUUUGUGGAGUUCUCACUCUAUAACAUCAACACAAAACUCUUGGCAGUCUUUUCUUUCCUCUUUGAGUUCCCAGUUUCUGAGCACGCUCAGUCCAGCCUUGAACUCAUUGUCAUCACUCUGUGGCCAAUCACAGAGCUUGAUCUCCAGCUUCUUUUAAUGCUGGUCCUUCUUGCCCUGGUGUUAUAUUUCCUGGUGCGGGGACUUUUGGGUUUCCUCCGCGAAGGUUACUCAUACCUGCUAUCCGCCUGGAGACUCCUAGGUGUCUGUAAACUUGCUCUGGCAGUAUCUGUUUGCGGCCUGCAUCUGAGUCGGUGCAUCAUGGCCCAGCGGCAGUGGGCGUCCUACCUCAGUCAACCACGGGAUGCCUUCACAGACUUCUACCCACUUGCCAAACAGAGUCAGAUGUAUACAGUCAUGGCAGCCUUGCUACUCUUUAUAUUGGUUCUCAAGGCCUCUCAUCAGUUGCGCUUCCUGCGAGAGUGGGCCGUGUUUGGCCGAGCUCUGCGACGCUCUGUUUGGGAACUGCUGGGCGUCGCUCUGGCCCUCCUGCUCUUGCUGCUGGCGUACUCACACACCGGACACCUGCUCUUCCAUUCUGUCUUUGAUGGCUAUGGAAGCGUCAGCUCCGCCUGUCUGUCCUUGUUGGGCGCUGGCGGCCGAGGUCUGUUGUCAUGGGAACCUUCCCGGACACUAACCGGUCCCUCUGCCACGGUCUCCUCACUGGUGUUCCAUGCCAGUUUUGCCGUGCUUCGGUUGGUCUUGAUCUGGUUGGUCAUCUCCAUUUUACUGAGGAACUACCGGCGCGGACGUGCCGAAUUGUACCGGCCCGCUGUUGAUCUGCAAGACUACGAGAUGGUCGAACUGUUCCUCAGGAGACUCAAAAUGUGGAUGGGACUUAGCAGGACCAAGGAGUUCCGUCACAAGGUUCGUUUUGAAGGCAUGGAGCUGCCCCCAUCGCGCUCCUCAUCAACCAGCGACUGUAAGUCUCUGUGUUUACCGCCGUUGGACCGCCCCGACUCUCCCUCCACUCCAGACAGCAUAGAUGGCGGCUCCGAGGCCUCCUGGUGCCCUGCCGCCGCCAGCCCCUGCAGCCUGACCGAAGCCCCCGGCAUGGGCCUGGGCCUCGGGGUGGCGUUCGGGGGCGCCGACUGGAGGGAGAGAGCGGAGACCGAGGCCUCGCUGAAGAGGUUGCUGCCAACUUUUGAUGCCCUGCUGCAACAAUUGGACCGUGUCACCAUGGCAACGGAGGAUUUAUUCCAUAUUGAAUGCCAACUAGAGCGAGCACAGAGAAAAAGGAGACGCAGAGGGAAAGCAAGAGGACUGGCUCAGGGACAGAGCGGAAAGGGGACACACAAAAAUUGUGAGCAAAAAGAAAAGUCGCGUAGCAAAGACAAGCAAAAGGUGGGCAAGAAGGCCAAAAAAAAGAAACCGGGGGAACUUCCAAAGUGUCGAGACUCUGCAGCCAAUCCAAAAAUGACUUCAGGAGCCUCAAACAUUCCCUCUGCAAAGUCCAAAGCACUGCCCCCCUCCUCAUCUCCCUCCAAACCCUCCAGCGGCGCUCUCCCGACGACUCCAGUACCCGACCCCUCUGUGUCAUCACCCGACGGCCCCUCUUUUUAUUCCCAGCCUCUCGAAUCAAGCGCGGCGUCGCCAUGCACCCAUGCAGCCGCCCCAUCUUCACCCCCUCCCACAGCCUGGGAGCACCCGUCCACUGAGAGAGAGACCCUCUCCUCCUCAAGUCUCUUCAACCAUCCAGCCCACACAACCACCAUCCCCACACACAAGCGAAAACGCAAACCUCCUCCCCUAAAAAACAAAGUGCAUCCCAACUAAGGAGGAGUGCACGUGAGAGGAGCGAGGAGAAUGUGAGGUUAAGGACGAGGGGAGCGCUGGGGCAGCUGGUUUUGUCUCGGGACGCUCCUCUCUAAACCUCACGGAUAAGGAACAAUUCACAAGAAGGCCACAUGCUUAAGAGGAAGAAAAAUUGUGGUUGGAUUGGCUCAAACAAGGUGCAGGUCACCGGCUCAAGACAACCAUGCAAACAUGGAAACCAAGAAACUUGUUCUUUAUUCUGCACGUUCCCCCUCAACUAGCUACAAAUGACCCUGGAGGUCACAUGGAGGUCACUGACAGAAGCACAUAAGCGUGCUCACCUGAGAACUAAAAAAAUGAAUUCUUAUUUCUGUUAUGUUGUGUGUUCAUGUUUGAGUAUGUUAACACAAUGUGUUGGUACUAUUACUCCUAUGUGGGCAUUUGUGGCCCGCUUGGAAUAAAAAAAAAAAAAGUUUUAGUGCCCCAAAUUUGCAUGCAAAGCAAAUGCAGAUACACACACACACUACACAUGUAGACAAACCUCGGCGGGGGCUUGGCUGCUGCAGCCACUUGUUCAGGGUUCCGAUUAUGUUGAAGCGGUACAGAGAGGAAGAAAGACACAGGAAGUGAUGUUGCGGGAAACAGAACGUUUGAAAUAAAAAAGGACGUACAUGUAAGUUGGGAACAGAAAGGACAUUUAUACUACUUGGUAUUUACUUAUGUUCACCCACCAUGAAGCUAUAUUGAUCAUCAGUAUGGUGUAUUAUUUUUAUUGUGUUCAACAUGGUUGUGAUGUAAAUGCACUUUGGUUUUAAUAUCAUCGGUUCUGUAGUGUGGCGUUUUUUUAAUGUAAUAAGCUUGGUAUGAAAUUCAUUACAGAAAGCUUUACGUAUACUGUAGCUGAAUUAUUAAAAAAAGAAAAAUUGCCAAAGCUUCUGCAGCAUGUAUGACUUUUACCAUGACCAUCAUUAUUUUGUUUUGUACUUAGCACUUUAUUGUCAAAUGGAGCUGAUAUCUAAGGCUACAUUUUUAACUCAUCAACUUUAUCAUUUUUAUUUUCAUGUUAUGAAAAUGUCGGAGUAUUAACAAGGUUUGAAGCGGUUACCAUGUUGUUGUUGUGCUCAACGUGCGUACUUUUUGUCCAGUGGGCAAAUCUCAGGGAACACACACUUUUCCUCAAAAUGGAACAAAGGGUUUUGACGUAGAAAAGUAUAUAUAUAUAUAUACUGUGGAAUUGACACCACUCGAUCCUCCAAAAAAAGUAUUGAACCAGAGAGUUCAUACAUGUUGUGAUAGUUGACAACCGUAAAGAUUUUUCCACAUACUUCCUGCCACAUGUUUUCUCAUAAGUUAAGAGGAUUUCCUGAAACCUGAUUUUAAAAACUUGCAUUGUGUGUGUGUACAUGUCUGUAUAUGUUGGUGCUUAACAUUGUGUAUAUAUUUGUUAAAGCUUUUUGUGGUCAAAUCGUUAUUGUCCUUUAGUCAUACAUGGUCAGUUCAAGCACAAGUAUUGUAAAUUUGACAUUUUUGGUCUAGCAAAAAGAUUGAAAUCUAAGCUAAAGAAAUAUUAAAUGAAGUGCCUACAACAUGCUUAAGAGUUCAUGUUCACGAUCCUCAUGAAAGGAGCGUCUUGUAUAUAACUUUUACCAAUAUGUCAACAUUUUGUUUUAUUCCAUCUGUAUUUUGCAGUGGUGAUAAUGAUCAUGCUUUUGCACUUGACAAAGUUGAAUAAACAGCUCAACAGUAAAUGAAAUCUCAAACAUCAGUGCAUUGGGUUGUUUGUUCAAUAUUAACCCUAACCCUG